UAACCAGAUUAAUUGCACCUCCUCCGUGGAACCCUAAGUUGGCUAGGUAUAUGAGGAGGAAAAAUGACAAUUCAUCUGAGUCAGAAGAUUCAGAUGAUGAAGACAAACUUGAAGUGAUACAAGUUGAAAUGAAUGAAAAACUAGGAGAUGUUAGUCCUCAGAGCGGUGAAGAUGGCUGCUCAUUCCCAGUGAGGAAAGAGCCAUUUAAAACCAUAUCAGUCGCAAAACGCGAAUCUGAUUAUGAGAAUAGUUUGCCCGCAAUAGGCAAAACGGGUAUCAUCACAGAUGUAUGGGCUGUGAUAGAAGAAAAUACGAAAACCUCCACAGAAAGAGGAAUUAUGGCGGAAAAGAAAAAACCAUGCGUGAUGCAUGAAGUCAGGGCGGAUGAGAUAUCUGCAAAUAAAGAAAUAGCGGAUUCCAAUAAUGGAAACGCUAAAAAUUUUAAGAUAGAAAAACUAUCUAUCAACCUUCAAGAUCCAGAAUGGGAAAGGCCAGCUACUGGAUUAAUUAAGAAUUCUGUUGCAACACUGAUUGUUGAACAGAAAAUAAAAUACCCAACUGAAAAACGGUUUGAAGAAAUAGAACCACCUGUAGCAGUAGAGGAAGUAGUCCUCAGAAAUAGAACAAAAAUAUUAGCAAAAUUUUAUUUGAAGACGAAAGCCUGGCGUGAAGGUUUUAAAAAAUUCCUUAGAAGUGCAAAGUUCAUCCCAAAAAUUGGGAGCCAAUGUAAAACCAAAAGUGUUAUCAUCAAGAUGGAUGAUUCAUCACAAGAUGCUAACAUACAAUUUGAAAACUCAACAAAUAUAGAGAUUUGUGUUAUUGAGCCUCCGAGGAAGGUAGCGCCAGAAAUAACACCAAAGGAAUUGUUUAUAAAUGAAUCUUCAUUUCUUCCAAGGAGAAAUAAUUCCCACAAUAGAAAAUCAUAUUCAGUCGAUAAUUAUAGUAUUGGAAAUCUCGAUAAAUACUGUACCCCAGAUUACCAGUAUCCUCGACGUCGUAUCAAAAACGACUUCCACUCUGUAACCGCGAGUUACACUAUUGUACCAUCAUUAACGAAAUAUGAUGAAUAUUCUAUUUUGCAAAAUUUGUGACAUGUUGACAAUAUUUAGUCAUAGGGCAACACAUAUAAAAUAAUGCGAUCGUUAUAGUUAAAAGCCAUAGAUUCGUAUAAAAUAGGACUACUUAUAACCAAAAAAAUUAUGGCUCUGAAUAACUUUCAAAUCUUUAGAAGACUGUUUCCUAAGUAUUAGGGGCGUCUAUUUACCUGUAUGACAACGAGAGCAAUACAUCUUGAGUUAGCGCAAGAUAUGAGUUCGGAUUCUUUCAUUAUAUGUUUCCGCAAUUUGCAAAAUUAUGGCCCAGAUAGGGAAAUUAUUACCGUAGAUCAAAACUAUAAACUCUCUAAUAUAGAGGUUGGAAAGUUUGUUUUUCAACGUUUGUAAUAUGUUGAUAUUCUUUAUAUCUAUAUAAAGUAUAGAAAAUCUUAAGCUUGAUAAAAUAUAAAGACGAAAAUCUUAAAAUGGAAAUUUAACAAAACUGUUAACUGAAUUAAUUAGAAAAUAUUUUUAGGCAAAUGAUUUGCUUGAAGUUCAGCAAGUGAGCUGCUGAAAGACUUUAAUACAAUUUAAGAUACAAUUGUUUCGUUAUAAAAUGGACCCAAUAAAAUGAUAACUUGUAAGGUCCAAAAUAUCAAUUAGAGCAAAAAAGAAGAGACUGUCUGGUCAAGCGUCAAGCAUUUGGAAUGCUCAAAACAUUACUCUGAUGGGUUAAAAGUAUAGCAAGUAUUCUGCUGAAAAAUAUACAUUGACCACUAAAGAAAAAAUUAUGGCGCAGCAAGUGAUAUGCUGAAGCCAGUUUCUAUACGAAUGAUUGGCUCAAAGCUCAGUAAGUGAAUUGCUGAAAGGAGCGAUAUCAACUGUAAAUUAGUUGAUGGUAGAAAAAAUUAAAAAUACAGCUAUGAAGAAUUUGGAAGACUGAUUUGUUAGCAAGUGGAUUGCUUAACCUUCAGCAAGUGAUUUGCUGAAGGGGUCAAAACCAAAAGUUUUUUUUUUAAGCAAGUGAAUUGCUUAAAACUCAGCAAGUGGAUUGCUGAGAGUAACAACAUCACCAGUAAGUCGGUUGAUGAAAUACAGCAUGUGAGAUGCUGAAGAAAGAUUUUUUAAACAAGUGGUUUGCGAAGCUCAGCAUGUGAGUUGCUGAGAAUAUGAUCAAUGCAUUAUUCAAAUGAAUAUUAAAAGCAUAGCUUCCAGUCUUAACUGAGGGAAAGAUUGGAGAUGGUUAACUAUACAAUGUAGAUGACAUUAUGAGUUAUUUGAAUACAAGUAACAGGAAAAAAAAUUGAAUGAAAUUUUUAAAUGUAUUUCAAAGUAUAUCACACUAUGAGAGCAUGAGUUGCAUGCAUAAAGAAAACGACUUGAAAAAGUUUAUGUGAGCUACGAUCAGUCGUAUUAUAUGAUUAGUCGGAACAGUUACAUGAGAACUGAGGCUUUAAAAUUGGAUUUAGUAUUCAGAGACAAACUUUAAUGUUAAUACUUGCUGAAGGAACGGUAAUUGUACUACCAAAAGAUUAGCACAUUGACUAAUUAUUUCAAAAGGAUGUUUUGAGAAAAACAAUAUCAGCAAUGUAACAAGACAACUAGCAAAGGGAUGUUGGAUUCAAGAUUCCUUUCUUGGCAACGAGAUAACUUAGCAUUAAAAUGGAACGUUGUGUUUGAUGAAAGAAAAUCUUAUAAGAGAAAAGAAAAUGUAAUUUGCAUUUCCUUUAAUGGAAAAUAUUAUAUAACACUGAACCUCAAUGAAUAAUUUUCCAAAAAGAAACUUGAAGUUAGUUUAUAUAAUUAACGGUUAUAUCAAAUUACUAGUGAGAGCAAUUAUUCGAAAUUUACGAAUGUUUACGAUUAGUUUGCAUAACUGUAUGCAGAAUAAAAAUGAAACAAAAAAUACUAUUAUUAAUAAAACAAAUAAUAAGUUAUGUUUUCUAGUAUAAACUUGUAAGUGUAAGUGUAAGGAAAAGAUAAUAAUGUGAGUGAAAUCAAAUCACACAAUAAAACACAGAAUAAAGCGAUACAGCUACAGAUGGAAAUAUGUUCAAGCAAAUGUAUAUGAUUUAGAACAUGUAGAACGACUAUCAAAAAUUUAAAUUAAAAUGUAGAAAAGAAUGAUAAUACUGAAGAAUUUGGUAAAUCUAUGUAGUAGAUUUACGGAGUCCGGAAUGUUACGGACAGCUGAGGCUUAUCGCGGAUCGAGUUACAGAUCCAUAAGAUAAGCAAUAUUUGAGAUUAUAUUUAGAAAAGACCUCCAAGCGAGGUAUAGAAACGUUUAGAAAGGACCAAUGUAAGGCAAUUAAAAGAUGUAAGAGCUCAAGUGUUUUGUUAGGCUAGAAAACGCUUGUAGUUCGAAAUUAUUGCCGGUCAUAAAUUCAGAAUGGACGAAUAUUUAAAUAGCGUCCGGUAAACAAUUUAAUGCAUGCAUCAUUUAGGAUGCAUUUUUAUUACCCUUUUCCAUCCCUAGCUGCGCUCAGCCAGAUACACCAGCAGGGUGUAAUAAAAUAAAAGGAUGUUAUUUAGAGCGAAGGAUGGAAAGGGGAAAUCCAAGAAUAAGAUAGGCGCACCGACGAGGUGCUAUAAACUUAAGGUAUUUUCUUAGGGUAGUGCAGCCGUCUCAGACUGCACGUUACCAUACGCUAGAAGAAGGGACAAGGAAGGUAGAUGAUCUAAACGAAACCGAUAUGUUAUCGGUUUUCAAGAGAGAGAGAGGAGAUGUUCCUCGUCAAUCUUAGUUUAAGGAACCAUGUAUAUAUUGUGAAACUUUUGAAUAAAUUUUUUAGUAUUGUAACAGAACUCACGCGAAAGCGUUAAAAUUUUUCUUUCAAUAGAGAAAUUUUUCACGAUGUGUAACUUGAACUUAUAUCUGUACACGCUGUAUCGGACGACGUCGCCGAACUAGCGUUAACAAAUUACGUGACUCACUCAACGGAAAUCUAAUCAACACCGAUCUGAGCAGCUACUAGAGACGUCGAUUAAUCGUUCGAUUAAUUCAAAUAAUCGAAUUUCUGAAAUUAUAAUCGAGUAAUUUUGUAUCGAAUAAUUUAAAAUCAAAAUAUGAAUACAUCGAAUAAUUGUCACUGUAAUCGCGAUUGAUGAAAGAAGGCAUUUUUACCAUGGUUAAUGCAAUUUUAAGUUAAGAAUUAGGCUUUAUAAUCUUUUUAUUCAACAUUUUUUUAUCCCAUAAUGGAACAUCGACAUCCUGAUAGACCACGCGACCAGAAUGACAACAUGAUACGUGCUUAUUACAAGAAAAAAUAUUCGCUCGAUAAAUCGAAUAUUGAAAGACGAUUAUUCGAAUGAAUCGAAUAUUGAAAAGUGCUCCAACGAUUAAUCGAUAAUCGAAAAGAUGAAAAAUUUAGACAUCACUAGCAGCUACUCACCGUAGUGUGUAGCCACGGCGCUAAAGAAGUUUUUGCAGGAGCUGCCCAAUCCGAUCAUCCCGGUUAUGUUUUACGACAAAUUCGUCGUAAGCCUCAAUAAUUACCAGUGAUGCGUAGCAAUCCGAUUGCAUAUCCAGGAUCUGCCAAUUUACCACAACAUGACGCUCAAGUAUAUUGUGAUCCGAGAUGAUGAAUAGAAGGUGGGAAGAUUCACUGGUUUUGGUUGUGUUAAAGUUUGAUUGUGUUAGUAGCCAGGAAGAUAGGAUGUUCACAUACCAGGCAUACCAGUCAGUUACUCAAAUGGUACAAAAUUGAAUGUGUCAUCGAAUAACGUUGAAAGAGGAUAUACAAAAGCUAAUUACAAAUUUCCAAUUCAUAUUUUUCGCAUUAUGGAAAAAAUCAGAACAUAUC